UAAUUUGUCUCCGAAUGAUCUCGAUGAUUUACCGGAUGCCGAUCAGGUUCCUCAUGACUUUUAGGUUUCGCUGUCGUUGAGUUUCACGGAUAACGAAUUUCCGCCGAGUAGGAAUCCUCCUUGGUUACCAGCAAAGCCCAUAAGAAACGCACAACAUAUAUUUAGUUCGCAAUUAGAAUUCGAGGAAAUGGUGGAUAAUUUCGUGACAAAACCUAGUUCGAUCAACAAACCUACGCCUGUUAGGUCAGCUGCUUCCGUAGAUAACGCCUAUUUUACCAGAUGCUACCGAAAUAAAGCAAGAGGAUGUACCUCGAAUCCAACCUCAACCAUCACCACCAAUAGACAUGCUCAAUUUAAACCAGCCCCAACCCCAGCUGCCGGUGCAAGAUCCACAAGCCACAACGAGUGUCGCUAGUUUCGAUUUGCUUGGAGCAUUCGGGGAUGAUAAUUCAUCUGGCAUUGGCUCGGCUCCAAUACCUGAUAUUUUAGAAAUUAAUGUACAACCAAGUUCAAAUGUCAACCUUGAUGAUAUCUUCGGCUCAGUUGCUUCAUCGGCGCCGAAAAUCAACCUGGAGUUUAAUAGUUUUUCUGUAAACCAGCCGACACCAACUAGUGCAAACCAACCUGGUGUAUUGGUGUGUGUCACGUCAGUCUCAGCAAAAUAGUCUUGCAUCAACAACCAGAGCUCAGUACGUCAUAGUUAUUUUUCUUCUCUGUUUUUGGAAGCUAGUGCAAUGAGGUAUAGUUUUAAUAAACAUUUAUUCGAUUUGAAAUUUUUA